AGAGUGAGCGGCCUUCCAGUCCAGAGAAAAUAAAGAAGAUUUCUGCUCAGGUAUUGUGUGGUAAACAAGUUUGGGUGCUUACAGUAGCUGUCAUUUGUAGUAGUAAUGUUUUUUGUGUACAUGAGGAGUCAACAUGAUUGAUGAACUGUGGCCGGGAGUAGUGAAUCUGUUAUUUCUAUCACCCAGACUGCACCUUCAGAAAAACAAACCCAGCAGAGGAUAAAGAUGUCACAAGCUUUGAAGGAUAUUCAAGAAUGUAUGUAGUAUCUAAAGUGAAACUGUAUCAACUCUGUAUGUCUACAUGCAAUUUAUAGUACUGCAAGACUCAGAUAAAGAUGAUCAGGUUAUAUUGACAAGCUGUCUUGUCAAUUUCUUAUUGACCAAUCACAAAGAAAUUCAAUGCAGGCAUACAAACCCCUAACUACUGUUUCCUGUUGCUGUUGUGAUUGGGGUCUCUCAUGUCAGAUUAGGUUGUCCACGAAUAUUUGUGCUUAUUUCUACAAACAUUACGCUAUUGACAUUGUGGAUCCUAGCAGUAUGCAGGAUGCAUGUCAUAUGAACUUCGUAAUAGACUUCGCUCACUGUGGAGUCUCUGUGGCUCAGUGGUAGAGUAUGGGAGCAUGGUGUGAGGUACCAAUCCUUAUAGGGACUCACAAUUUUUUCUUUGUCCCAUGGUUGUGACAGGACAAAAAAAUCUUUUGUUCUCUCCUUUAAUAUUUGUGCUGUUCAAGAUUUCCUGAGUUAAACAGAUAAGUAUGAAAAAUAUUGUUACAGCACACUGAACUUCUUCUGAUUAAUCAAGAGCUUGAUGUUUCACAGAUUUGAAGUCAGUUCCAGCAAGUGAAAGUGCUGGGGAUAAACUUCAAGUUUUGGAGGGAAUUGACAAAAAACUAAGAUUAGGUAUGAGCAGUAAAAGCUGCCUUUAUUGUCUUUGACUUGACAUGUAACAGUCUAAUGGGAAUGUUAAAUGGCAUAAUUGUGUCUGAUUUGUGAACAGUGUAAAGCCAAGAUCAGGCAUUCAAUCAAUGAGGCAGUCAGUUAGUUAGCUGUUUAGUCAGUCUGUCACUCAGUCUGUCAGUCAGUUGGUCAAACAGCUGUUUGUUAGUUGUUUAGAAAGUCAGACAGUCGGUUGGUUAGUCAGUCAAUCAGUUACAAUGUAGUAAGUCAGUUGUUUCUUAAUUCAGUCAGUCAGUUAAUCAUUGUGAUAUCUACACUGUAAUCAAUUAACUGAUUGAUCAAUCAAGCAAUCUGUCAAUCAAUCAAUCUGUCAAUCAACUUCAUCAUCAAUAUCAGCUAAGUUUGUUUAAUUUCCCUUCAACAAUUUAUCUCUCAGUGUUCGAAAGGUCAUCUGACAUAAGUUCUGCUAAAGCUGUCAUUGGAACUUGCAAAGACAUGUGUCCUGAGAAGGUAAACCUUUAGUAUACUGUACUCUGCUCUCAAAUAUACAAAGCUUGAGCCUGAGCCACAUAUAUUGUGUUAACCCUUUAACUCUCAGAUCCAAUUUGUAAUUCUCCUUACUGUCAACUACACGAUUCUUAUAAUGUUAGUUCACAGAAUUUAGUAUUGGAUCAACUAAUUAUCCCCAAAUUGAUAUUUUUCUUUAUUCUCAUCACUUUUCUUCUUGAUAUUGAAUUGAUAUUGUAAGGAGAAAUUCUGUCUUGGUCAUUAAUGGGAGUUAAAGGGUUAAGAAAAAUGUAAUGUUUGUUGUUUGUAUGGGUUCUUUUCAACCUGACAGUUAAUUUUGUAUGCUAUAGGAAAGGUACAUGCGAGAGCAUCAAAGAAGACUGAGUGUGUUUGAGGUUGUGUCUGGGACAGGCAGCUUUGUAAGUACAUCUUCACUGUAAUUGGUUAAUGUUUGUCAUUUCCAAAGAAGCUGUACCACAAAUGCAGUUGGACCUGUAUUAAGCAGCAACGAAUUAAGCAGUCAUCCUGUCAUCAUCAGUCCUCAAAGUCCCAAAUUUGUUUCCCCAUAAUCACUGUUAUUUUCACCACUGUUAAGCCAUCCCCCCCAUUAUGCAGUGGUGGUCACCUUUGACUAAGCCUCAACAGCCUGUUUCUAUUCUCUUCCUCAUCUAUUGAUUAGUCACUUAACCUUUUGAAUCCUAAAAGUGACUAGCACCCAAUUUCUCCCCACAAUAUCAUCCCUGAACCACACAUUAAGGUCAUGAGAAUAAAGGAAAUGAUCACCAACAAAACAAGCUCUUGAUUGGUAAACAAAUUCUCCUUGUCAGCACCCUAGGAAAUGUAUAAAGAGCAGUAUGGAGAAUAUGCAUACUGAUUUUCAGGUAUAAAAGGUUAAAGUGGAACUACUUAAAUACACCUAAGAAUAUCAAUAAUCUUUCAUAAGUGAAAUGUAAUCCAUUUUUCUCUCCAGUAGUUAAUGUACAUUAGUUUUUGUACGUUAAGCGGUCAAUUAUGGCGUGAAAUGGCAUUUGUAUCAUUUUAUGUAUCACCCCUGUUCUGUAGGACUUGUAAUGAGCAGUCACCCUGUCACCCCUGUGGGUGACCACUUAAUACAGGUUUGACUGUAUUAGGUUAAUGUUUGUUGUUUACAAAGAUAGUUUAAAAAUAUCUCUUUAAACCACCUUGACCUUUUGACUCCUAAAAGGGACUAACAUGUAAUUUCUCCUUAUAAUAUCAUCCUCUGAAUCAAACAUUAAUGCAGGGCGUGAAAUUAACUUUUUUUUCUGAUAGCCACUUGGCUCCUAAAUUCUUCAAAGUGGUAGCCAAUUCAAAAAAAGUUGGUCGCCAUUUUCAAAGACAAACAAAAUCUUUCUUUACGCUGUCAGCGUUCUAGAUAGACCCUCCAAAAUUAAGUUAGGGAAAAGAUCUUUAACGUGCUACAAAGUGGACACUAGGAUGUAUGAUAUACAACGUUCAGGCUCGUCUAAAUCCAAGAUGGCGUCUAGUUAUCGAUCGAGAUGCACGUGCUAUGUUUUGGAAACAAACUUAACGAGGAAGUUUGCCGCGGAUUUAUCUUUGCAAAUUUAUUUAAUUCACUAUAUCUCGUAGUAAGGUUAUGAUGAAACGUUGUAGUCGCCAAUUUGGCGACUAACUUUCAGGAUUUGGUCGCCAAAGUGAAAAAUUUAGUCGCAUUGGCGCCUUUAUUAGGCGCAAUUUCACGCCCUGUAAUGUCAUGAGAAUCAAGGAAAUGAUCACCAACUAAAGAAGCUCUUGAUUGUUAGACAAAUUCUCCUUUUAGCGCCUUAGGAAAUGUAUAGAGGACAGCAUAGAGAAUUUGAAUACUGAUGUUGGUUUAAAAAGGGGUUUAAAAUAUCUUUUGGAAAGGAUAAAUAACUGACUUUCUACAUAAUUUAUUUAAAAAAUGUUUCUAAUUAAAAUGUGUUGAAUAGUUAUCCUUAAAUCAGUUAUUUCAGAUCUUUCUGUAUUAAAGAGAAGAUGAUUCACCAAUUUUAAAUAAUUUUUUUACUUGUGAGAGUUGUAAAGAUUUUUACUGAGAAAAAAAAGGUUUCAGAGAGAUUUUCCUAGUAUUGUUUAAGAAGCCACAAAUGAUUGUUGCAGGUUUAAUAUUUGUUCAGUGAUGGCUCGAUCAUUAACCCAAAUUCUCUAUACUGUUCUCUAAACAUUUCUUAUGGGACUUGCAAGGAGAAUUUGCCUAACAAUCACAAGAAUUUUGAGCUUGUGAUCAUUUCCUUUAUUCCCAUGACCAUACUCUUUGAUUUAGGGGUGAUGCCAUUGGGAGAAAUUAGAUGCUUGUCACUCUUUGGGGUCAAAUUGUUAAGUAAAGAAAAAACAAAACAUCCUGUCUGGCAAACAUGUAGGUUUGUGUGGAAGAAUUUUCAUGUAGGUUGUGUUCUUACUACAGAACCAUGAAGCUCUCACAGCUGACUGCCAUAGCUUAGGAGACACUCUAAAUCUUCCCCCUCCCCCCGGCCCCAUCUCCACCCCUCUCCUUAUUUUUGACUGUCAACCGCUCUCUUGGUACAAAUUUCUUCUCCUCCCAGCCUUCCACUGCCAUUAAAAUCAAAGAUGGCGGCCAUAAUUUUUGUUAAGAAAAUACUGAGCACUCGCUCGCCAAAAUUACGCUUGCUCCGCAGGCCAACUCAUCAGUAGAUCACAAGUUUUACGAUGCUCAUAAUUUCGUUUUUUUUCUGCGUAUGCCUGCAUGUGUCACCAAUGGAAACUUGUCUUUGUGACUGACUAAUUGCUUGUCACUAUCAACCUUGUUGCACCCCAAAGGAUGAAAAUCCUCAAGUCAAUCACACCCGUGCAGUCAAGGAAUAUGACAGAUCUGCCGCUGAUAAGGUAAAGGGUAUCUUUCAUUCCUCUUUUUCGUGCAUCUGUUUGUUAUGCAAAUGCACUCUGUAGAGAAGUAUCACUUACUCACAAUAAUUGAUUACUUGCUUGCUGCGUUAUUCACCCUUAAACUCACAGAAGUGAUUAACAAGUAACUUCUCCAUGUAAUACCCAUGCAUUAUUCAGCACACAGGUAAUGAGAAUACUCAAACUCAUCAGGCACAAGGUAUUAACCUUGAUUAUUGAACGCCAAAUUCUCCUAACCAAUUUUCAAGGAAAUGUUUAGCAGCUAGAGGGAAGAGUUAAAAAUCAGAUCUUGGGAGUUAAAGAGUUAAGUGUUGGGCACGGUGAAAUUACUAGCCGUCAGUGCAUUCCAUUUCCUUUUAAUUUGUGAUGACAUAAUUAUUCACCUUUUUUUGGGGGGUGGUCGGUUUUUUUUUUUUUUUUACAAGGUCCAGCCAAUUAAUGAUCUACAUCUUGAUUUUGUUUUUUUAGCAUUGUCAAGAGGUUUUGAAGCUAAAAAUGAAACACAUUAUUUUUUGCCUUAAACGACUCGCAUGAAAAAUAAAUUUUAUUGAAGUACUGUACUGCUGAAAUUUAAGUUAAUAUCCUCUUUCGAGAAUCGAGCCUCUAGAAACUCAAAUCAAAUAAUUUCUCGAGGAACGGACUCAUUCGCGAAGAUUCAAGGAUCGAGAAUCGAGGGACUGUCAACUUAGAUUUUAGCGGUAACUGUACAUCAUUCCACAACCGCGGCUGGCAUGGAAGUAAGUCCUCGUUUACAUAACCGUUUCCUCGUGUUUAGGAAGAGCCAUUGCCCCAUGAGCUCCGCCCUGUACCAGUCCUCAGGAUGACCAUGGAUUAUCUGGCCACAAACAUCAUGGAUCUGUGUGAAGGAAGGGAAGGAGAGUGGUUUGAUUUUCUAUGGAACAGAACCAGGGGAAUCAGGAAGGUAUGUACAGGUCACUAACUGUACAAAGGAGCCACUCCAGGCCUGUAUUAAAACGAUAGAAUUUAUGAUCACGGGCUUAAGUAUGUUUUUAGGCGCGACUCAAAGUCAUUUAAGCCCCAGUUGGUAAAAUAACUCUCUGGAUGGCAAAAAACAUAUCUACGCCCGAGAACGUGAAAGGAAUUGCUAUUACUAUCACUCUGGAGGGCAUGGAGAUGAUAAAAACUGAAAAAAAAAUGACAACGUAACAGUCUGAACAAUCACGCGAGCGUACAAGCGGGCUAACAAUUAUUAAAAAUACAUAUAUAUGUAAAAUACAAAGUGAUGAUAAGGUAUUCUUUGUGAGGGUGUAAGUCUAUCGCAGUCUUGCAUGCACGCGGGAAGUUUUGGAUGCACGCGCGAAGUUUUGGAUGCACGCACGUAGUCUUGGAUGCACGUGCGAAGUUAGGAUGCACGUGCGUAGUUUUGGAUGCACGCGCGUAGUUUUGGAUGCACGCGCGUAAUUUUGGAUGCACGUGAAGUUUUGAAUGCACGCGCGUAGUUUUGGAUGCACGCGCGAAGUUUUGGAUGCACGUGCAAAGUUUUGGAUGCACGCGCGUAGUUUGGGAUGCACGCGCGUAGUUUUGGGUGCACGCGCGUUGUUUUGGAUGCAUGCGCGAAGUUUGGGGAGCGGAAUAGAAUUAUUACUUGGCUCGUGACGCAAUAGACAGCAGGUUUACAUGUAGCUUUUUGACUGUUUUAUAAACUUUGCAUGUUCAUCCUUAUUUCGAUAUAAGGUUGAGUCAAGUCUUAACUGAAUGAACAUAAUCUUCAUGUAGAGUGAGUUUUUGCUCUGAUAUUUCUGUGUGCGCGUGCUGUCGGUUCUCUGAAGUGAACAGAUUUCAAAGACGAACAGAUUAGGAUCAAGGACGAAUUCACAUGUACAAUACGAGGAUAAUUUAGCGCCAAAUGAGGGCUGUUAUGUGCAUCGUGCUUCUAAUCUCUUUGCCAACAUGUGUAACGAAACGUUCACUACUAAUUUACCGCCUAUGAUAUUCAACUUUACUGUGGACAUUCUUUGUCAUCUUCAGGAUGAUAGAAGAAUUUUAAAAAAAUCCGAUUAUUUUAGCUUUUCCUGUUGCAAUCUAAAGACUGAUGUGAUUGAAUUAUCAAAAGUUUAGCAAGCAUGGUGGUUGUUGUAAAAUUGUACCGUUCAUUUUCAUUCUUUUUGUUGUAGGAUAUUACCCAACAGCACUUAUGUGACCCUGAUUGUGUCGAUCUUGUCGAGAAAACAGCCAGGUACUUAAACGUUUGUUUAUGAAUACCGCGCCUCCUAGAUGUGGACAUUUGACGUUUAAAUUUCUUUAAAUGUUUGCUUAACUGGGGGACAUUAGUUCUUUUGGUCUUUUGUUUUAUUUGGUAGAUUUCGUGGCUCUCCUCCCUCUCACGCGAUUUUAGAACGCAUUUUAGUGAGUUUCUCGAAGAGAAAACCAAAGUUAUGUCAUCGGCCAAUUAAAGGAAAAUGAGAACUCAACAUUCCGACAGUUAAGCUACCUCAAGUGCGAGAAAACGUGGAUAACCAAGUUGUAUUUGGUCUUGAUUUUGCACUUAUUCGGUUGAGGGGCCAGGCCAGGUUUUGAACCCAGGCUUCUCCAUUCAGGCCACCCGUGUCCAAUCAGUACUUGCCGGGGUUUUUCUCGGAUAGGAAAAACGUAUAGGCUUGAGACAUGAUUGAUAUCGUUACAACUUCUGACUAACCAUCCGAUUGGAUUUCAUUCAAGUUUGCUAACGAGUUUUUCUUUUCCUAAAUGGUAAUUUGGUAUUAUCAACUGAGAUAAUAAAAUAAAUUGGGCUAACGCUCGAAACGUCAGCUUUUAAACUCUUUACGGUGGCCAAUUUACGUUAUCGUCAGUUGCCAAUACUAAAUUGCCCUGUAAUACUCUCCAACCGACGCAGCACCACAGUUCCUUUAGAAACUUGCCCCCUUUAUUUUUCUAAAUGGUGUAUGGUUGUUUGUGUUUAUUUUUACAGGUUUCAUAUAUUUUGCGCCCACUUUCUGUGUGAGGCAGACAUGAAUUCCUUUGAUGCAAAAAUCAAUACUGAGAAUUUAACCAAAUGCCUGCAAACUUUAAAACAGUUUUACGGAGAUCUCCUCAAAGACAAGGUACAGGAAACAUUUUGCUGCUGAACUUAAACACGAGGAAUGAAUCCGCACAUUGUAGAGGGACGGUCUUGAAAAAUUGUACAAUUGACGGUGUUGUUGGUUUGCAUACAACUUACAUUACAUUACCAAAGUAAUUCUGUUUUUAGCUGAGAUGUGCUGUAAUUUUUUCAAGCGAGAAGAUUAUUUUUGAGUGUAACUACAUCAAGCUCUCCAGAUCAAUACGAUUUUUAGCUGUGAAUAAUUGGGACAAGAUUGGAAUAUGAUAGAGAAGUGGUUUAAACUAAUUCUCGCGAAAAGCUGUGUGCAUCUUUUCGAUGUUUUUCCAAUGUCAUUUUUCCGCAACCAAAUCGGUGCAUGAUGGGAAUGACUUUUCUUCUUCUGCUAUUUUGCUUAAGGGAGUAACAUGCCCGCAAGAAGCAGAGUUUAGAGCUUAUGACAUUUUGCUGAAUUUGAAUGGAGGAGACAUUCUUAGGUAAGUUGAUAAUUGUAGAGUUUUUAUGGCGAGAGUUGAGUAUCAUAAGCCAAUGUUAAAUCUUUGUUAUAGCCUCGAUUUCGUGCGGCCUCGUGUGUACUUGUAAACCGUGUGGGUAUCACAACACAGAGCAAUGCAACACGGUGUAAUAGAGUAACGCAUUGUAACGAGACAGUCUAGUGCAACACAAUGUUGCGCACUUUGAUGCAGCGCGAUACAACGCAACAGAUUAUAUUAUAUAACUUUGCAACAAAAUGUGCGACACAUUUUGGUGCAAAGCAGUGCGCAACCUCAAACUCUAUGAAAUUUUCCCAAGAACUAACGGAUAUUUUAUGCAUGGUUCAUUAGUAAACGUAUUGAUAUUUUCUCUCCUUUAGGGAAGUGAUGACAUUUCGAGAUGAGAUUCAACAGUCACCUGAAGUGGGAUUUGCCAUGGCUGUUUUCCAUGCUCUCAAUAGUAACAACUUUGUGAGAUUCUUCCGUCUUCUCCGGUACGUUAAUCCUUUGUUUACAGUUCUAUUCACUUGGAUAUAUCGGAGAAACAUUUUUCUCUCAAUGAUUUGUUCUAAAGGAAAUGGACCACGAUUUUCCAAACCUUUUCUUACGCACACUAAGGUGCUUAUUCGAAUGCGCGUGCUAUCAUUUUUCGACGAUUACGUCAUAUCCUAAAGUGAUCACUCACCUUCUUGCAUGUUUUCUGGCACUGAAGGAAGGGAGUGUGAUUCACCAACUACCUUAUCUCAAACAUCCGUGAAUUUCAUCAUCGCCCCCAGACUCUUGAAGAUGCGAGAUGCAAACUGAGAUCGAAUGCUCAAAAAGACCUCUGCAGCUUGCAUGUUUUGUUUAGGCAUUUCAGGACACGCGGUAAUACUUUAGAGAAAUGUUUCUUUCAAACUUCCUCUUUUUCAUGUGCACAUUCACGCAUAAUUUAUCAAAGACAGCUAGGAAUUCCCUUAAAACAAGAGGCUUAUUGGGUCUCGUUUAAGCUUUUAUGUACGAGUGCUUUUGUCUUUUUUCAUAGAAACGCUAGCUAUCUCAGUGCUUGCCUACUUCAUCGAUACUUCACUCAGGUACGAUUUCACAAAUGGUCUACUCUUUCCCUGACAUGUUUCCUUACACUACGUUAGACUCCUUGCAGGAUUUCAAUUUCUUCCUCAUUAUGCAGUCAGCACCUGUAGGUAUCACUUGGGAAUUUAUUUCGAUCACCAGUUCAAUCUCUGAUCCUUAUUAAAUCUCAAAUGUAGCGUCCCUCAACCAAUGAAUGAGCGUUUAUGGACACACAUCCAUGCACCUACACGCGCUGGAUAAACAGAGUGUUACAAUUUGUUUUCAGGUUCGCAGCAAAGCCGUGCAGACGUUAAAUCACUCGCUGAGUACUCCAAACAGACCCACAUCUUUCCAGCUUAAGGAACUUGUAGACAUUUUGGCAUUUGAAAAUGAGUCUGAGGUAACGUAAUUUUGGAGUGUAGAUCUUUACCUUUGGUACUUUCUUUCCUUCGUUCUUUCUUUCUUUUUUCUUUCUUUUUUCUUUCGUUGUUUCGUUCUCUCGUUCUUUCUUUCUUUAUUUCGUUAUUCCUGUCUGACUGACUGUAUGCCUUUUGUUUUUGUUUUUGUUUUUUGUUUUUGUUCUUGUGUUUCUUUCCUCCGUCCUUCAGUUCUUUCUUUCGCUUUUUUUGCGUUCUUUCUUUCGUUUUUUCUUGCAUUCUUUCUUUCGUUUUUUCUUUCGUUCUUUCUUUCGUUUUUUCUUGCGUUCUUUCUUUCGUUUUUCUUGCAUUCUUUCUUUCGUUUUUUCUUGCGUUCUUUCUUUCGUUUUUCUUGCGUUCUUUCUUCCGUUUUUCUUGCGUUCUUUCUUUCAUUUUUCUUGCGUUCUUUUUUUCGUUUUUUCUUGCGUUCUUUCUUUGGUUUUUUCUUUAUUUCUUUCCUUGUUUCUUUCUUUAUUUCAGUUUGAUGGACUGUAUGCCUUCCUGUUUUCUUUGUUUGUUUUUGUUCUUGUGUUAUGUGUCGCUGGUUGGCUGAGAAGUUUGACUUAAUUUUAGGCAGUCAAGUCAGUCGUUAUUUCAGUGCAGUAAAUUUAGUUUGUUUGGAUAAAGUUGGUGCGAAUAAAGGUUUGAAUUGAAUUAUGAUUAAAAAGGCGGAAAGACUAAAAUGAUUUUAGUGGAAAUGUUUUCUGAGUGUUAGCGCGAAUGCUUGACUCUCUAGCUUAAAAGAAAACAAAACAAGAAAAGAAGAGAUAUAAUUUCAACAGUUUCUAAAUCUCGUCGAGUAAAUUUCAUUGUCUGAAUUUUACUAUUCACAAGUUUUUCACAGUAAGCGAUCAACUGUAACAAAUGCUGUUCUUGCAAAACAGGAUUUUGGUUAUGUCACGAAAACCUUUACCUGAACCUCCCCCCCUCAAGGCUCUGUUGUAUUUACAUGAUCCCCCCCUUAUCGGAAGUUAGUUGGCAGUCAGUUUUCUACAGUCCCCUCUUUAUAAUCUGUUGAUGACGACUGAUCCUUUUCCAUUCCCUCUAAAACCCAUGUGACAACACCCCCCCUCCCUAAAAAAAAAUCUUUUCCAUUCUUCCCCGGGCGAUUGAUGACUAGUCUCUUCAAAGUAGAUUCUCUGCUUUUUCGGUAAGAGAAUAGGUAGACUAAAUGAAUUCUCUGUGAACGUCAAACUCAAUAAUGGCUAUAAUAAGGACUUUUUUUUCCUUCCAGGCUGAUGAGUUUUGCACGUUCCACGGUCUAACAGUAACAGAGGGGUUCGUAAACUUUGCUCGUUCUUCUUUCAUUGAACCCGAGUCUAAGCUUCCCGCAAAGAGAGCCUGGAAACUAAUCGAAUCCAAACGAAGCUGUUCCAUUGGAGAGGUAGGUUCAUGCAGGAGCCGAGGGUGUGUACAGUUGUUUAUGUAUUAAGCUAAAUCACGCUCGCGUUUUGAUUGGUGCUUUCUUACGAUCCAUCGAUGACAGAAGCUCAGAUUACGUGACCAUUAUCAAUUUUUUUGCUCUAUUUUAAAAAGCAAAUAAAUUCCAUGUUGCCAUGGGUCUGUACAGUACUAGAUCGCAGAUAACGUCAUAAUGUAGUCAGAACAUCAGUGACGCACUCGGUUGCGCCUCCUGUGCCACUUAAAUGUUCUAACCACAUUUUGACGUCAUCAGUGUUCUAUUUUUGUACAGAACCACGGCAAACUGGAAUCUUUGUUUUCUUAACUUGACUCUGAUCCUGAUGGUGUCAUAUGUGCUUUAGUGUAAGAUUUUCUUGUUUUCCAUGAUGGUUUUUAACUCUGUGUUCUCCGUUGUCCGUCCGCUUAAAUUAAACUUUCAUAUUGAAAAAUUCCGUACACAUUUACUCAUUUGUAUCUUCACUAAUACCCUCCUUGGACAUUUAAUGAAAUUUGGUUACGUUCCUCUACUCAUUUCUAUUGUUGCUUUAGGUGGUUUACAACGGACCACUUCCAACCCCCCCUCAGCAUCAACCAUGCCUCAGCUUCAGUGAAGACGGCCGCUACAUCGGUUACUUAACGGACCUGCAUUCUACACUAGUUGUAAGCGAGACACAAUGUUGAACAAGUUAACUAGAACUUUUUUUGAAUGAAAGAGAGAAUGGUUUAUUAAUUCUUAGCAAUAACUUUCAGAUAAAUAUUUUUUAAAUGGUUCACGGGUUACUGAUAAGGCCUCCUAUUUUCCAACUGCACUGAGUAGAGUUCAAGUAACGCGCGAAUCGAAUACAAAUAUCCUGCGAUGUUGUACGGUUGGUUAUUUUGUACAGGAAAAAACCUGUUUAACCAGUCGACUGCGCCUACAACGCUUUCCUAUCUGCUACGCUUUUCCCGCCAUAUUAGAAGUGCGCAUGAAAUAAAGCGGUUGGAUAAUAAAUAACUUAUUACACGCUUUGCUGUGUUGUAUCACUGAGUAUUUUUUGCUCCUUGUUUGUAUUUUGACUCGCCCUUACGGGUUCGUCAAAAUACGUUGCAACUCGUAAAAAUACUCUCCAAUACUACACACUACACAAACCUUUAAUAAGAUACAAGUUUUUUUUCGUCAUCAAAUGGUACGCGCGUGGCGUCUCAGUUCACUAACUUAUCCUUUUUUUCUGUCGUCUUUAGCCCACUCAGAUUGAACCUGCUAAACCCACAGUGUCUUACUCCGAAGAGGUGAGCUGAUGAAAAACGCAAGCAGUUUUUAUCGACACGAUCGCUGGAAAAUGAACUUGUCAGACAUUCCUGAACUUUAGCAUUAAGCGGGGCAGUUGUAAAAAAAAAAAUAAAAAGCGACCACAGUUUUGUGGCGUGUAGCUCACAUGUAGAGCUCCGUUUGAUUGCAAAUCGUAGUGAAGGUUUCAGAUCAUUUUGCUCGAGCGUGUGACAAAGGCAAGUUUUGUCCUUCGCUCGGGUGAAUGAAAUAUUUCUGACAAAUCGUUUUUCCAUAAGUGGCUGCCGAUGAUAUCUUAAGGCGAAACCCGCACACGUGACCUUGCUCGCACGCUCAACAGACGGCGGUGAGAUGUGUUAAAGGCAGCGGUAGACCAGUGGUAACCGGCUUUCAUUAAAACCUCUGUGGAAGUGGUCGUAACGAGAUUAUAGUAAAGCGCGGAAACCAGCCUUAAAAGAGCAUGAGUUAUCUACGCUUUACCAGUUGGCAGAUUGAGUCCAUAUUGAAAAGUUUUUCGUUUAUUGCAGGAAAUACAAAAUUUUACCAAGACACUGUUCUUGGAAGUGAUGAACGAAAUGUGUGCAGACAUUACAAAGGAAGCUAUUGACAAGGUGAUCUUUUUGCUUGUCAUAUGAUAACUUGCUUAACAGGCCUAAUAUGAAAUUAGGAGAUCCUCGCAGCUAAGAACACUACUGAAACGAGUAGUUGUAAAUAGGACCUGAAAAAAAUUUUGAUUUGACUAAUUUCAUCUUUCCACCGCAGUGCAAAUAUGUGAAAUUUUCAUAUAUUUAAAGGCGUAAUAUCUUUGGGCUUCCUUCCCUUGUGAGUGAUAAGUUCUCUUUCAUACAGAACUAGUACCAUAAAUUUUUUUCUAAAUUUGAAGGUGCUUUGCAUCUGUUUUUUAGUUCAUCACUAUUUUUUUUUACAGGUACAUGUUGAUCUUCAAUUGUCCACGGAGAUUACAGAUACGAUUUACGAGGAGACGAUAUCAGAGUUCAUAAGAGAAACAGCAAAUACAGUGUUUACCGAGGAACUCAGUAAAAAAAGGUCCGUGACAACUACGAUUAAACACGAAACUAGCGAAGGUUUGUUGAAGAGAAGUUUACAAUCGAUCUGAAGUAUGUUUUUCUCUCCCCAGAAUUGCUCAGGAAAACGCGGUCACUCGAGAGAGUGUGUCACGCACUAUUCACGAUGACUUAACAGAGGAGUUUGUUUCUCUUGAAAGUACGAGGAUUGCGGAGGAGGUCAUAAGGUAAAAGAAAGGUAGUGCUAAUCAGGAAUAACAAUCUCGAUCACCCACUAUCGAGAGAAAAAAAUUAAGAAAAACGCAACAUAAAAAAACCCUAACAUUAAAAUAGAACCCAAAAAAACAAAACGAAACAAAACAGAAGGUUGAUUUAAAAGGAAACGUGGAAGGUAAUAGGUGAGGUUAGCAUUCCUGUGUCUCAUCUGUGCGGAACUUAUCCAAUCGACAUUUCUUCAGGUCUCUCUGUGCCUUUCUCGUGGACGGGAUGAAGAGAGGCAUGGGGAGAAUUUAGUCUCUUGCCCAAGAUCACGACACAGUGCUCUGGCCAGGGCCUGAAUCUAGUUCUCUUGACUCGGAGUUUAGCGUGCUAACCAGGUUCUAACGCUCUCUGGUUCAAGUAGAGACCUUUCGUAGGGAUUUUAAUUGGUUGUUACUUGUUUUCCUAGGCUGUUGGAAGAGUUCAAAUUCAUUCAUAUGACGUUUGCAUCGAACUUUGGUAAAAUGCGUAUGAAAGUUUUCAUUAACACAAAAUUCUUAAUAUCUUUGUUUAUUUCUUCCAGAGAAGUGCGCUUGGAGCUUCUGAAAUUGGCCAGAGAAAGAAUUUCACAAGAGAUUUGCCAGUCCUUGAUAGAGGAGAAAAUCUCGGCUGAAGUAGAAGAAAUUGCUGAGGAAGUAUUGCAGGAGGCAAAGGCAGAAAGAGACGCUAAGUUGCAGCUAUUGGCCGGCUAUGUUAUAAAGAGUAGAACUGCAAAAUAUUUCGAAAGGUGCACACUUACUCGCUGCAUUCUGAUCUGUUACAGAAUUAACUGCGUGAAACACUGCGUUACCCGUGCCUCCCUUGUCAGGUUUGGUUCUGUCCCCAAUGUCGUGUCAGUCUCUUUUGUUUAAACCUCUGGGGGUGGGACAAAGGCGAACAUUUUUGUUUUUUUCCAAUGAUUCUCAGGACUCUAGUGUCGCCAAAAUGCAUCAGCUGUGGCAAGUGCCCGGUCAAUAAAUUUCUUUACCCUUCCCUUAGCCUGCAUGGCAAAGGAUGCAGAAAGAUAUCGGACACGCUGGUACGCGCAGGUCUGAAUCACUCGUACCCCGUACAAUGAGGCGUCUGUUACUUAGCGUACGUUUCCCCCAUUCCUUGUUUUUCGGCGCUAACAAGCAAUUGUUUUUUCCUUUCCGGGUAAAAGUUAGUAUACCUCUUACUAACGGGGUUCGAGGUCUGUGCUAUAAGAUACGGACCGAGUUUCCUCCCCUUGGUAAGAAGUGCGCAGGCGCGGGCCAUAAAUCUUAUCGGAUAAUCGAGAUUCCGUAGCUAAUAGAACAGACUGAGAAAACGAGGCUAGUUUGUUAUUUAUGAUAUCGCCAGGUUCAAAUAGUGGGGAAAGGUUUCAGUUCAAACAAACCUUUGAAUUUUAACCUCACUCUUGAUGACUUACGGAUUUGACGUCAUUCAAUGAUUUGGGUGAAUUUUGUUAAAGACGCCAUUUACAUGUUGUUUCUUCUCCAAGGUGGCACACAGCAUUCCGCGCUAGUGUGCAUUUAAAGGGACUUCUUAACACUUUUCCUCCUGGACCUCCCAUGGUCAGCAUCGAUAAUCAACUUCAGCAACUUGUGGGACACAGAACACAGGACGUCACCAUGGCUGUUAUAAGGUUAAUGUGCCUUUUUUCAGUAAUGAACCGUCUCUGCUUUGAGACCUAGUCUGGCUGUUUAUACUGACAAAGUUAAACUUCCAUCUAAUAAAGUUGCAAUUGAACAUAUUUCAGGACUGAUGCCCAUGAAAGUGAAAUCCGUAAUGUAUUGGAGAAAAGACAAGCACAUAUGGAGAGCAGGUAUUGACGAUGGCGCGCAUGCGUGCCAACGGCGGUCGUUGUAAAAAAAAAAUUAACAGACGAACGAACGAACCAAAAAGGAAGUGUAGUUGUUCUGAUGAGCACGUUAGCAACAAAAAAUCUUUUCUCAAGAUCAGCAAAACUUUCCACCUUAAAAUUCAAUUUACUGCCACCGAAUGUUUUGUAACAGAUAAUAAUUGCAAUAGAACGAGCAACGAAUAUUGGAGUACCAUUAAGUUGGGGAAAGUAUUCAUUACAAUUCAGCACAAUUCCAUAGUCUCAGGUGUCUCAGCGUCUGAUGUAACUUCCUCCAUUUCACUCAUGGAGUGAUUAGUACGUUGUUUGCUCUUAGAUUUAGAACCCUCAGUAUUGUAUGUUAAAGAUGGGAACCAAAGAAAAGAAAAUCGACAUGAGGGUAUAUUUUCUGGCCAAGUCACUUUGAAUCCUUAGCUUUAGUCAGCUAAGAAAUCCUUGGUCAUCAGUCAUGGUUCAAGCUUUGAAUAAACUUUCUUUUUAAGUAAGUCUAUUUUCUUCCUUUUUAUCACAGAAAACAAGUAUGCCGUCCGCUGGACGUACCAUUAUUGCUUGCAGACUCGAUGAGAUCUCAGCCAGUCGCUCAAAGAUUAUGUCCCAGCUCCCCGGUUUAUUGGAAAUUGAUUCUAUCGCUACCAGAGAUGCGCGAUGGCCUUGAAUUCACCGGUGAUCACGAGAGCGGCCUUGACGUUUGUUCUAUGAUCAGGGAAAAGUUGAAAAGAGGAUUUUAUCCAGUCAGUGACAACAUUCCUCAUGGACUCAAGAGAAAAGUUAGUCGUUAAUUUUUUCGCUCCUUUAUUCAGUUUUUACUUUGAAUAAUACUGAAGAUGUGGCUGACCAGUUAGUGCUGGAGACAGAAUCACGUGACUGUAGUAAAGUGCGGGGAACCAUGUCACGUUUGGUUUGCAUAUUGAGUCUGUUUGGCUGAAUAGUUUGCACCAUUCACUGUUUUUUGCGUUUAAGAUCUCGUUCUGCUCUAGAAAGAUAGCUUUUGCUGUACGGUCUUGACAGGAUGGACCUAUUGGUGUUGGACGAGAGAGCAGAUUUUAAUUUGUUUCUUUUUUCUUUUUGGUGUCGUCCUACAUUAGAUUGAUUUGUUAGCACUCUAUGGUGCGGAAGUCCGUGGCGUUCCCUUACAGAACAGAGUGAUGAAAAUUUGCACCAAGGUUAGUGAAGAAUAAAACUACUCACUUUUCACUUUUCUUGCCGUAAUUUGAAUUUAAUUUUCAGGUUAGUUAGUCCAGUCUUAAGUAUGGUAACCUCGCCUCCCUUCACUUACCCCAUCCCCCGUUAUGUAAAUUAUACAUGACCAUGCAUGCCCCGAACGGUUUUCCGUCAGAGAGGCAACUGCUUUAAUCAUUCGUUAGCCUUACGUUAGAGAUUUUCUUGAUAAACAGUUAGAGCGAUGGCAGAUCCUUGAAACGCUAGCGUAGCAGUUAAUGAAAAAUCGAUAAACAUCAGAUAGGACGACUGAGGUGUUGGAUAAAGAUAAAAUACGAUCACAUAUUUAUCGAAGAGAGUGGGAAGACUUGGAAAAUAGAUGUUCUUUCACUAAGUUGACACAAUUUGAUGCUGAUAAAAAUUAUCAUUUGGAACUCUGAACUCAGUAAGUUAUAGCCAAGAAUAUAUUUGCGUUCUAAGGGAGUUUGUACUCCAUUUGAGGAAUAUUUGUUCAAUUUCCACACUCGCUUGCUUAAUUCUGUAUACCAUCUUGUUCCAUCGGGAACUUGUGUGUAUGUUAUAAGCUGAUUAGAGUGAGGUAAAAUGCCUUGGCAGUAAGAAUUUUUGUUGUUUUAUCCAAGUUUCUAUGCUUUGCAGGCCUGUUAUGGCGUUUUGACGAACACAGAAGUAAGAGAAGCGAUGGAAACGCGGCAGUUUUUCGGAUCUCACGCGGCCAUCUUUGUUGUUGACGGGAAAGAACUUCAGCGCAGUCCAGAGGUAAAAUGAUCUUGAAAGUAUCAGGUGCUUUUUCCGCUCGAGUUAUGCCAGUGUUCGUAACACUUCUUCACGUUGCUCAUAAACUCUUUCGUACCCAAAAUCUGAAUAUUAACUUCUCAUAUUUUUUAUAACUAAAUCCCUGAAGAGGUGGUUAAUUCAACAAAAUCUCCCACUUCAUAUUUUUCUCUUUUUCUCUUUCCUCUUCGUAGCUUUCUGUUUAAAGUUGUAAUGAUAUCUAGGGGAGAAAUUCCUUCUCCAUCUUCAUGGCAUUGACAGGAUAAACUCAGGGGUUUCAAUAACUUUUUCCAUAAGCGACUGCCGAUCGUGUUAUAGGGAGCUGUACCCGAAAAGGCUUUGAAAGAAAUUCGUUUCAACUAUGUACGUGGCUUAUCCUUACAACUGGAUUGUUUGACUUUUAUUUUCACGAAUGAAGGUGGUAAGUUUCUAAAGAAACUGUGGUGCUGCGUCGGUGGGAGAGUAUAACAGGGUAAUUUAGUAUCAGCAACUGAGUUGAUGACGUAAAUUGUCACCAUAAAGAGUUUCAAAGCUGACGUUUCGAGCCCUUUGUCAUUCGGUCUUGUUCGUAUUAUCAACUCAGUUGAUAAUACUGAAAUAUCAUGUAUUUUCAUGGCCAGUCAUUGUGAUGUUGGUACACAUCUUGACAGUUGCUUUCGUAAUGUGUAAACGCGCAUCUUAGGCCUCAAGAGAAGCUCACAUUCGCCUGAGACGUAUACUUGAAAGCAAGCCACCUGAACCGAGACUACCAGUCGCUGUGAUAGUAAUUGACCACGAAGGAAAUUCGACAACCGAAGGUAAGCUACUGGGCCUACGUGAAACAUUAUUAGCGAUAGCCAUAUGCUUUUUUUUUCUGGAGCAUCUCAGCGGGCCGGAAUCUAAAAUCCUUGGUUCCAGCAGCUUACAGCAGCUUUUUUUUUUUAAUUUAAAAUAUUUUUUUCAGACAUUUGCCUUCCUGUUCAGUGCUGGUCACUCAUAAACCAUUUUACGGCUACAUGAAUUGUUGCAAACCUUUGUUCCAAACGGAGGCUGGCGAUGACCUUGAAAUUCUUUAAGUUGUUUGCAUGAAAAAUACGUGAUCAGUUACAAACGUAAAGCAGAAAGGUUAAGCUAAUAAAAAAUCAGUAUCAUAUGGCUCACUUAUCAAAGUGUUUAUGCUUUUUGUUCCAGCAGAUUUGUUAUUCCGUCUGGGUGUUCAACAGCUAAAAACAGAUGGUCUCCUAUCAGAGUGCAAUUUAUCUACAGUCAGCUCGCUCUCAGGCCACCGAGAUGAUCUGUCACAAAAGGUAUGUAAGAGGUUUUUAACCCUUUAACUCCCACGAGUGACCAAGACAGAAUUUCUCCUUACGAUAUCAAUACAAUAUCAAGCAGAUAAGGGAUGAGAAUACAGAAUAAUCUUAAUUCGGGGAUUAUUAGUUGAUCCAGUACUAAAUUCUCCUAAUUAACAUCACAAGAACUAUAUGACAGACAGUAAGGAGAAUUACUAAUGAGAUCUUGGGAGUUAAUAGGUUGACUUCAUUGGUGAUCAGCUUCAAAGAGUUCUUGUAAUGAAAAAUUUGAUCUUUGUUGUCUUUGUCAGUGUGACGAUUGAACCCAAAAUUUAUCAUAUUAUUUAAGCUGUUAUUUCAUGGAGAGCACUUUCAUCUCAUUGCUGAUUGUGGUAAUAUGCUCGAGGCUUAUAUGAACUUCAAAAGCAAUUUUCAGUUGUGUCGAAAGUGAUCCGGGACUGCGUUAGUUUUGCUUUACUUCGCUCUGUGAUUGGUCCAGAAAACUCGCGCCAUUUUGCUCAACCAAUCGCAUUCCAAACAAGAACCAAACGCGAAUUAAUCACACGCGUUUUCCCGCGCUUCAGGAAGUUUGGUUGUUUUUUGAGUUCUCAUUGGUUCUAUGAGGUAUUUUCCUCAGCCCUGACUGGCUGUUGUCGUCACUAAAUGGUUUUAAUAGAAAUGCGCUGUUAGCGACGUAGUUCACCAUGUAGUGAUCUUUUUCAUUCCGAGGAUGUUAGGGUUAAUUUUCUCAACAAGUGACCACAAUUUUUUUUGGGUGCGUAAGAAUUUGAAGGUAUAUCAAAACAUUAUCUCCAUUGAAAUAAUCCUACUAUCUUUCGUUACUUUUCAACUUAUUAACAUACAUAAAUUGUUAGUAGAAUGCAGCGAAAGAUCACUCCUAGGAGUGAAAAGUUAAAACAACUGGGAGGUUUUAAGCCCGUAACUCAUAUACCGUCGUUCUGGGAAACCUUAAACCCCCUGUUGAAUAAAAUCAGCGGUGCAUAUAUCUUAAUACCUAUUGACUAAUAGUUAAAAAUUUUUCUAUUUACAGCUUUGUUCGGCAGUGACUUGGUUAGGACGUCACAUGGCUCGAUGCUGUCUCCCAAAGACCGAUAACGUAGGAAACUUCAUUGAGAACGGUGAGUGCCGUGGCUUUAGCAUCUGUCAAGGUAGCGCCAGUGUACAUGAAAAAUGCUAGUGUUAUUGAAAUUUGUUAAGGGAAAGAAAUAACCCCUUGUCAAAGUUUGCGUGUGAAAAUCAAUUAUCACGCCUAGUCUAUGCAACACUUACCUGCGCAUUUGCGUGUUGUUUUUCUUCUGGUUUAGUUUGUUAUUUAUGACGUCGUUAAUUUUUCAUGACGUCGUUUAUCACUUAACUCAGUUAACGAUUUCGUCUACUAAAGUGACGUCAUUAUGUGAAUGACGUCAAAAGAGCUACGACCUCGAUUAUCGAAACGACUUCGUUCGGUCAGUGGUGUCGUUGAAAAGUUGAUUACUGCGCCACGACCUGGAGCCACCGAAAAAACAAAAAUUUAAGUGGGGAUAACAACUUUUCUCGAAACGAACCCUCACCAUCGGUUUAAGGACAUACAGUUUAAGGACUUAGUAAAGUUGCAGGAGAAACAUGGUGUGAAACAUAUCGGCAAUUUUCAAAACAGAACUGGAGGGAAAACACAUGUAGAUCAGGAAUUUGUCAAUGUUCUUACCAAUCCUAACUUUGAGCCGUGAAACCUAUUAAUCUCUUCAUUAGAGUUUUGAUGCGCAUUCCAAAAAGAUAAGCUUUCAUGUUCAAUCCGUGUGAAAUAAGUUUGUAAUUUUCUAGGUCUUCAGAGAUUCUUCACCACACCACUGGCGGAGGAUGUGUUUGUCAGAAGACAAGCCAAAUUGGAUCAACAGGUACUUGUAAAAUAACUUGUCGUGUGUUCAAUACAUGAGCCUCUAACUCGUAUGUAAGGGUAAUCUCAUCCCAGACUGGGAUCAACGUCUGUAUCGGAGGAACUGCGCAGCUACUCCUCCCCUAACCCAAUAACAGUUAACUGAUGAUAGGUCAGGGUUAGGGGAGGGGUGGGAAUUCGUUGGAAUUCAAUUUUCUCGUUUCGUUUUUCUUUUCCAGUGUCCAGAAGCUAUUGUUGAAUUAUACAACAGCGCUUUGGAACAUUUAGGAGCCGUUGCUUCCUCGAGGAGUUUACAAAAUCUGUCCUGGCCGAUGAAAGAAUUUAGCGAUAGAGAAAACGGGGAGCAUGGUAAAGGUGAAUUAUUUCUAUUCAACCACAGCCGUAACUUUAAGGGCUUACAACCUUCUAUGUCUUAUGUUUGUCUUAGAGAUCGGUCAUUAUUUAUCGCCCAAGGGGGACGUCGGAUAAUUUGGUUCUGACGCAAUAAAACCUACCCGAUCUGUUUUUUCCCCCUUCCUCAUUGGCAGUCAAUUCUCAAUAAUUUCCCCUCCCCCUCUAUACUCUGUUAGUGAUGACUGACCCCCUCCCUUUCACCUGAAAAACCAUGCGACCCGACGAAAAUUCCCCGGAGCCCCCCUCCCAGAGGAUGAAUAAUUAUAGGUCCCUUGGUAGAGUUGCUAAUUAUUGUCUGAAAAAAAAAAAAAAAAAAAAAAAAAAAAAAAAAAAAAAAGGUUAACAAUGAUUUCGUUUAACCGCGCUUUAUGAUAGGUCUAGAAAACUCUCGCCAUCUCAACAAAACAAAACACAUCCAGGAUUUGGUGACUCGCGCUUUCUCGCGCUUUGAGCUGACUUCACGUCCUUGCUGUGCCUUCUGUUUAGUAUUCUUUGUUCUGAUUGGCCGGCUGGAGUACUUUGGGUUUGGUUUCACAACACCUAGUCGAAUAAUAGCCUUCCCAGCAAGGCUUUGUCCUAUUUCCUGUUUAUAUAAUGACGCCUCAUUUAGUUGCUUUGUUACCUUUACAGAAUACAGAAGUUUCACACAAUCUCCUCCUUGCAAAGAAAUUUAAAAAAAAGAAGUAUAGAAAAGAAAAGGGAAAAAAAAAAGGAAAAAAUAUAUUUAGUGUUUUGCUUACUACCCAACAGAUGUACCAGAUGCAACAUGGAACAGUUACGAGAACUUACAAAGGAUGAAUACACUUAUUACUUCAUUAAAACUGCCUCCACCUCAACCAGCGGCUGUUGAUGGUAGGAAGCAUUCUCCUUAUCUUUGGAAAUUUAUUUCUUUUGUUCAGGUAAAGACAUCCAUUUUGAAGCUUCAUCGACGACUAACUCGCACUCUCGCGUGAAGACUGUGGUGUGAAUGACUUCUUCGAGCGAGAAAGCCUUACGGAGAGGUCCACCGGCAUGCUACCUUAAAAAGCUUUUCCAAUACACAUGCCUUUAUUCAUAGUCUGUUUAUUUUCCAGGCACAUGGGAGUCUGAAAGUAAUUUGUGUCUAGAAUACGCUCGAAGGUUAUCACCAGACACCGCCAGCCUGUUAAACAGGUAAGUGUGAUAGGCGCUAGCUUCCUUUUUCACCCUUAUCAAAGAAACCAAGGGAACCUUGAGUCUUGUUCCCAGUCGACCGAACUCGAUGUUGAAAAUUUUUCUCGCUGUAUAUUCUCACACGCCGUUUCAACCCUAGAGAUCGUAAUAACAUAAAGGACGCUCGUGUCAUGUGAACCAAGAGCCCAUGGGGCCCUGAUGUGAACCCAGUAGCCCUCCCACCCACCCCGCCCCUUCCCCAAAUAGGUUCCAGUAGCACAGAAUGCCAAGGUCUGUAGACACGGAGCAGUCCCCCUUUUACAGUGAGGUCCGUCAUGCGGGUAAAAAAACAAACGAACAAAAAGGAAAUUGGCGAACCGAAAAAAUUGAUUUUAGCGCGCGGAGAUCAGGGAGUGCGCCUCAUUUCCAGAGUUCCGCGCGUGCAUUAGCAUUGAGCUGCCGAAAAGGUGGGACUACUCGUAGUCUUGAAGGUCUGGGUUUUCUUGUGCCUACGUGAGCUACAAAGCGGAUCCGUUUAACACCCUGAAAUCUGAGAAUUUUUCAAUGUAAAGAACGAUGGGGUGAUGCGUGAAAUAAAAGUUACUCACAUGACAUCAAGCAAAAACAGAAAAACAAAAACAAAAUUAAAGAGCUCAGUGAGCAAACUCGUGAAUUGACACAUGAUUUUUUUGGAUUACGUUUAAUUUUAUCUGGUGUAGGGAAUUUUGUGGUUGAUUGUCUUAUCUAGAGUACGAGCAGUAGUUCAGUGUUCGCAGCAAAGAAACAAAGUAACGUUGGGAUAAGAAGGCAUUACAAUUGAAAUGAUCAUGCUAUUACGUUUGACAAGGGUGGAUGAUGUCAUGUGUUUUAAACGUAUAUCAUUUUUGUUUCUGGUUCAAAAGAAAAGGUUGGCAGUAAAUGUAGGUGAAAAGUGAAAUUUACUGUCUAUCAUUGUAAAUAUUAGAAAACCAAGGCAAUAAUGUCUUAGUGAAAACAUUAACGAUUCCCUCUUUAUCAAAUGAGACAAACGUGAACGAGUUUUGAGUGAUAUAACUAAGCCAAGACUGCCACCGUCAUUUUGGAUCUCCGCCUGGGUUGAUUUUAGUCACGUGCUAGGCAACGUAUAAUCAAGAACAAGAUAGAAUUUCAUUUCAGGCAUAUUUAUCAAUUUUGUGGUGUAUAACUUUCGCAUUUUAGUACGUAAUAUUUAUUUGAAUCUUCAAAUUGUCUUGAAACUUAAAAGAAAAUUUUUCUUUAAAAAUUCACUGAAAAUCGGUAGCUAAGAUUGUUUGUUUAGGUGUUAUUUGAUUUUCGUGAUAACUUGUAAUUUCGUCAGUCGCCGGCAUCUUUUGUUGCUUCACGCAGGAAAAACAUACGACACGAAACGUAAUGAUCGAUUUUUUCCUCAAUCUCACGCCAUAACAGAAAAAGCUUUGGAACAUCAGUCAACUCCGAGCGCUUCGCAGUGGGUGAUAUUUUCAAUGAAUCUUCGGAUUGUUUUCAAGUUCAAGGAUUGUAAAUUACAAUUUUAUGAAAAACGAAGGUUGUUCUGUUAUUUCAGUGUGAAUCCUUGCAUGCCUGCCAGUCGCUGGAAUCGACCAAUCGAGCGAGCGAGCGAGUGCCAUUCUCCACAUCAUAUCUGCAACUCGCUCGUGCGUAUGCGCGCAAUUCACGAGUUAAAAAGCGAGGAAAGGACAGGGAGGUGAUUACGAGAAAUGGACAUUUGAAGCGGUCCCUGAAAAGAGUUAUGAAUCAAACCCAAGAUUUAGCCAACACAUAUCCCUUUGUCUAGGUUUCUGAGUUCUUUGAUGUUACUUUUAGGGUCAAGUGGAUUCUAGCUCGCACUCAGCGAGCAUUGAACGGUAUCGACUUACCUCUGGCCAGUCCCUGGCUAUCUGCAUCUCAGGUUCCCUGGCCACUCGUGCUUGAGGCAUGCGUAAAUUUUCGUCUAACCCCAUUACAUUCGGACCCAGGCUUAGAAGAGCAGGACGUUUAUUUCUUACCUGAGGAGUUAGAUGCAUUUUAUCCACCAACGCUUUGGAUGCAGUCGGUAAAUUUGUCAAAGAAGGAAGCGGCGAAAGCAAAGAGGUAAUUUUAGUAGGCGCUUAUCUUUUUCCCAGAGACUUUCGGGCCAUUUAGUCGUCCAACUUAGUUUAUAUACCCUUCCACUGGGAUCACGAGAAAAUAGGUUUACUACCAAAAGGGCGACAGUUUUUAAACGGCGAUUGUAGUGAGAGCGAAGCGAAACAAAUGGUUUCAUGAGCUGAUCAAUAACUUCGUAUAUUUCCUGGCCGUUCGCUAUAAAACAAGAACAUUAGGUCAGCAAUUAUUGCAAAGUCUAAGAUGUCUGAGAACUUGAGCCCCGAUUGCGAAUUAUUCACGUUUCUCCUUCGAAGUCAACGCUGCAUUUGCAUUUUAUUUGAAGAGAGAUCUGGUGCCGUUAGAGACAGUUGACACAUCAAGCUACCCGCGAAAUUCAUAGAGAAAGAAAAGUUUAUUUUUUCAAGCCAAGUUUCUCUAGUCUUCUUCAUCGUAACAUUUUAAACUCCAAAUUACUUUUUGAUCGAAAACUUCGCCUUUUACGCACACUCAUAUUGUUACUGGGGAUAAAUGUAAAGGAAAAUUGAGAGGGUUAUACAGAUAUUUGAGCUAAAGCCUGUGUUAAUUUUUAGUCUAGAGUCGUCUAAACCAAGGAAGAGCAAAGACACUAAGUUACAAGAGUCAUUUCUAGAUAUGGAACAACAGUUUCAAGAUAUAACAGGUAAUAGUUUCAUAAGUUGCUUCCGUGCUAUACUUUUGUUAUUUCACAGUGGCAAUAUGAAGAUAGCUUUAGCAAUCGUCUCCUCUCAGAGCAAAGAGGCUCUAAGCCUUAGCUAUCAGCUCGAAAAAAGUUGUUGGGGGAGGGGGUUGGAAGGCGAGGAUUGCACAUUUCUUUGGAUUAACACUCCUUUGAUCUUGCUUCUUUUAACUGGAAGGUUCUUUUCGUUUGUUUUUCGAAGAAAAUAUCAAUGGUUGGCUUUAAGCCUUGUUACCCUGCUGUUCUGAUUUUCAAAAGGUUUUUCUCCAUUUGGUAUUGUUUGAUCGAUGGCAAAGGUAAAGUUCGAAAUGCUUAAUAGAUCCUUGCUACUGCCGAUGUUCGUGGAUUCAGUAGCGAAAAGUAAACAGGAGUAGUGGAUAGGAUAUCAGGUUAUCUCUCGGCUGUCCGUUUAUUUUCCCUGAAACUUUGCUGGUGCCCAUUCCUACCCUCAACUCUCUUUCCGGAGUACAGCGCGCUUUCCGUGAGACCUCUGUUUCUCCCAAUGAGCGGGGAGAAUUUGACGAUAUACGAGUCUCCUGCGCUCAGGGAGACCCGAUGCCUUUCUGGUUAACCAUGGACUCUGGACGGAGAGAUCUGGGUUGGAACCCUGGCAAGGGACUUCGUUCGGUGUUGUUAGGCAAGACACUCUCCUCUCUCAGAGCUUCAUUCCAUACAGAAGUAUGAAUGAAUACCAGUGAACUGUCGUAAAACUGGACACAUUGAUGGUACUUGCCUUAAGAUGGACAAAUGAUACGUCCCAAAAAAGUAGCUCUAGUAGUGGUUAGAUGCCCUUCAAACCGGAAUAAACUCCAUAAGCUAUGCGAAACAGUCUCUUUAAUACACUUUGCCGUUUUCUUUGAUACCUAGGUUUGUCUCGUACUCUCGCAACGCCAUCAGUACAGUCUACGCCGAUGGUCACGUCAUCCUAUUUAUCGGUUCCAACGAUCACGCCAUUGUUGGUAACGCCACCACUUGUCACGUCAGUACCACGUGCGUCUUCCAUGGUAAAAGAAUCUCCGUGUUCAUCUUCCCAGGCUGAAAUAAGGAUAAUGAAUGAACAGCUAAAGUCUGCCGUGGACGAAGCUAAAAUGCAGUCUAGACGGUAAGACCGUUUCUUUCAUUUCCAUUUUUGAUAACAGAAAGAGAAUUGUGCAGCAAAUUGAGAAUUAAUUGGGGGCGGCUUGGUCAAGUGGAAUUCUAGAAAGAUUUGUUUUUCUUCCGUCAAGCGAAGAAUAGAGAAAAUUUAAGUCAUCAUGAGAAACCGAACCUCAGACCUUCGGAUUUCUCGCUUCGGUGCUCCUAAAAAUUUUUUUAUACAGCUCGUAAGUUUGCAUCCUGGUAAACGGUAUUUUAAGAGAAGGGAAACUUUUCUUCACAAACGCCAGUUUGUUGGUGCAGUGAUUUUCUGGUGAUAUCGAGUUAAAUAGUGAAUCCUGGAUCUCCUGACCCUGUGUUUUCCUCAAAUUUAGGCGGUGUUCAAGGGUGUGGGCUUGUACUGGUUGUGUUUUAUAGCUAUUUUGCUUUGGAUAUCUCGAUCUCAUGCUCUCUUAGACCCCUCUAUUCCGGAUAAAAAAAUAAGUGUAUUUGCUUUUGUCAGGAAGAGUACAUAUUAACGUUUUGUAGCGUGUUCAAUCGUUUUCCUUUCCUUUUAGAUUUGAAGAAUUACUGAAAAACGGUCUUAGUGACACUGAAAAUCCACGAGAACUGAGAGAGGGUUCGUGGAGGAAAAGGAAAGCGCAAAGCUUGGGAGAAAGCAAGGUAGGCAAUUCACUUUAAGUCUCUGAAAUUCAUUUCGUUAAGUAUAAGUUUUUCACUCUAAACUCAGUUGAAGAGCGUGGAAUGUAGUGCAACUUGUUUGGCUUAACUUGACAGCUCAACUGUUCUGCUGGUUACUGCUCACGUUAUCCCUUGUACAGUAGGUUAUAAGCAAACUGCGCUGGUGCUAAGAUAUAAUUUCUAAAUUUUCACUAUCUUUUGUGGAUUACCAGGCCAAAUUAAACUAGCGUGGGCAAUGUAAAAAUUACUUGGUACAAUUUUAUCAGGUGAUAUUUAAGUUUAACAAAAGUUGUUUACAGAAAUUCAGUUUGAAGGUAAUUGCGUAAUAACAAUCUACAAUAAAAGUAAACAGUAAAUUUCCGGAGCGAGGAGAAGACCUACCAAUAAUAACUCCCACCGCCAUUAACUGGAAACGAGUCGGUACAGUCAACUUCCCGCUUACGGAUUCUUUCCAAUCCCUUUCUUUUGCCUGCCAGUCAAAUUUUGCACAUUCCCGCAAGCAGCCGCUUUCUCGUAAACGGACACAGACACUUUUGAAAGAGAGCAUUGGACUUUUUUUAAGCGGACAAAGUACUAAAGUUACAAUGCAUAUAUGGACGGCAGCAAGAAGACCCGGUUAAAUUUUUGUUGAAUAUAGAAAAGUUUUCCUUUUUAACUCGUGAAUUGCGCGCAUGCGCAAGAGCGAGUUGUAAAUAUAAUGUGGAGAAUGGCACUCGCUCGCUUGCUCGCUCGAUUGGUGGAUUCCUGUAAAACUUUUUUUCGAUUUUAGGCUUUUGAGUGCAUUUGAUAGUUUUUGGCGAGCAAUAAACAAAAGCAAUGGCGACCUUUGUUGCUAAGAAUAGUGGUGGGGUGAAAAAGAAGCAGAUGAUAAUCUUAAAAGAGUUUUUUUAUUUUCGUUUUAGUUUCAACAAGCGGCGCCAGCGACUGGCAGGCAUGCAAGGAUUCACACCGAAAUAACAGAACAACCUUCGUUUUUCAUAAAAUUGUAAUUUACAAUCCUUGAACUUGAAAACAAUCCGAAGAUUCAUUGAAAAUAUCACUUACUGCGAAGCGCUCGGAGUUUACAUAUGUUCCAAAGCUUUUUUUGUUAUGGCGCGAGAUUGAGGACAAAAUCGAUCAUUACGUUUCGUAUCGUGUGUUUUUCCUGUGUGAAGCAUCAGAAGACGCCGGCGACUGACGAAAUUACAAGGUAACACGAAAAUCAAAUAACGCCUAAACAAACAAUCUUAGCUACCGGUUUUCAGGGAAUUUUUAAAGAACAAUUUUCUUUUAAGUUUCAAGACAAUUUGAAGAUUCAAAAUAAAUAUUACGUACUAAAAUACGAAAGUUAUACACCACAACAUUGAUAAAUAGGCCUGAAAUUAAAUUAUAUAUUGUUCUUGAUUAUACGUUGCCUAGCACGUGACUAAAAUCUACCCAGGCGGAGAUCCAAAAUGACGGUGGCAGUCUUGGCUUAGUUAUAUCACUCAAAACUCGUUCCCGUUUGUCUCAUUUGAUAAAGAGGGAAUCGUUAAUGUUUUCAUUAAGACAGUAGUGCCUUGAUUUUCUAAUAUUUACAAUGAUAGACAGUAAAUGUCACUUUUCACCCACAUUUACUGCCAACCUUUUCUUUUGAACCAGAAACAAAAAUGAUAUACAUUUAAAACACAUGACAUCAUCCACCCUUGUCAAAUGUGAUAGCAUGAUCAUUUCAAUUGUAAUGCCUUCUUAUCCCAACGUUACUUUGUUUCUUUGCUACAUUAGCGAACACUGAACUACUGCUCGUACUCUAGAUAUGACAAUCAACCACAAAAUUCCCUAAACCAGAUAACAUUAAACAUAAUCCAAAAAAUCAUGUGUCAAUUCACGAGUUUGCUCACAGAGCACUUUGAUUUUCUUACGAUUUUAACAUUUGACAUCAACGCACAGUUUCAGUUCAUAUUGUUUGGCUACCCACAAGUAAUUAACACCCGCUAAUUAACUCUCGUAAGCGGACAUUCGCCCUAAUUUUCUUUAGUGUCCGCUUAUUGGAAUACGUAGGCGGACAGGUCUACUAAUGGACACCGUUUUUCAAUUCCCAAGGGUGUCCGCCCACCAGAGAUUGACCGUAUUCCGGUCACUUUCGGAGUAACAUCUUACGAGUUGUGAACGACAGCCACAAUAAAAGUAAUAUUAGCUGUAAAACAUUGGUUUUGCAUAGUUUCAGUACGAGUAGCUAAACGACGCUUGAUCAUUGCACUAAAUUGGUGAUUCUAGAAAUUCUAGGAAGAAAGAGCGAAAGAUUAGGACUAGGGCUGAAGGGUGAAGACUGGAAAUAAUUAUUAAAUUUCUAAAUUGAAAGCACCCCCGCAUAAAGGGAAGACAACUCGAUCUUAGCAUAUGUGUUAUGUGGGUCACUUCCGUUUGCACUAAAAACCAAAUCAGAAACUAAUCUCUAAAUUACAGCAAUUAAAUAAGUUAUCCCACGCGUAUAUACUUUAAAAGUGAAUCCCGAAUUCAAAGCACUUCCUGUGGUAUAAUACUUAUACAUUAGCACUCUAAAAUAAACAAGAGCAAUCAUUCAACCACUUGUUUGAUAUCAACAGUCAACUUACACAACACCUGCUUACUAAAACGGUGUACGAGAAUAUUCUUAGUAAACUUAAACACCUUAAAAAACAAAAUACCAAUCCAAUUGAAUUAUAAUAAGUUCAAAUUAGUCCAACAGAUCCCGUAAUCGUAUUCCAUAACAAUUUAUAUGUUUAUAUCACAUCAGUGUUUUUGCUAAAACUUUAAUUGAAAAAGAAAAAAAAAACUUUACCCAAACAAUGACUUUCCAUAUUUGAAAUAAAAACUCUCCAAAUUUUAUACCUAUUUACAGUGUUUUGAACGAAUAAUAUAUCAAAUAAUUUACGUCUCGUAAAGUCUUACUAAAAACUAACUGCUUUGUGAUUGUUUCCUUUCGAUCCAUUUAGAAGUCGCCAAAGUUCGUUGAGGGGAUGAACCUCCCGGAAGUUGAUGUAUCUUUCGGUUCUUUGGAAGAAAGCCUUCUCCACAUCAAUGCAACGCUUAAGUCACAAAGGUGAGUGUGUUGUUGCUUUGAGAUACAACACAAUUGUAGCCGAUUGUUUGAAGGGAUCUAUACUAGAAACAGUAUACACGUAAUAUCUCCGCUUUUAAGUCAGGACGGUAACGCCGGGGAAGACGUCGAUUGAAUCAAUAGUUUUUGUUAAAAGUUAUUGAAUGACUGGGUGUGUUAACCGUUUCGUAAGCCACACCUUGACUAUAAAAUAACGAAUGUGUGCAGCGUUGAGUUCCAAAUGGACACUUGCCUAAUUUGUUCUUGGGGUUUCCGUUCCCAGACCAUGCAAAGUUUGGUGAUUUUACGUUGUGUUUUGCAGAGGACGGCUAGCAAUGUACAUGUACAAACUUUUUUUUUAAAAAAGGCGCAUAUGCUAAGCUAUUGUUCUGCCCAUCAGAGGUCUUGUUUUUCCAUGUCCUUCUUGCCGCCGUGGAUGUGGUUUGCUUGAGGACUUCUAUAUGAUAUAAUGUAUGUUGAUAUUUGUUCGAGAUGUCGGGGUAUAUUAUCCGUUUGGGCUUCUGGAUUGUGUUCGUUAUAACGAGGAUUUCGUUAUAUCGUAGUUCUGUCCCAUACAUUUAACUGUAACUUUGGCCGGGAGGAAUGCAUGACAAAUCAAAUGUCACCAAAGUAACUUCUCUUAGGUGAAAAAUCGUAGGGAUCCGUAAGGGACCACGCGUCUCGGAUGACGCCCGAGACUUUGACCUUGCAAUGUGGAGCCCUUAGGUCGAUCAGUUUGCAAAUUAUGGCUUCCAACGUGCAUCAUGCGCCGGUAACUGAGUGCACGAAAAGUACCAAAUUGCACUGGGUAGCUUCAAUCGGACAAGUUACCGGUUACUCGUGACUAAUUGAUGCAACACUUCAAUAGAAUCUCCAAACUUUCAGGUCUUAAUAGGCUAUUUUUGAUAUAUUAAAAACUUAAUUAGUGAGCAGCACUGUGCGAAUGGUUUAUUCUUCCAUGCGUUUCUUCUAACUGUCGUCCACUUUUUCAGGGAGUUUUAAAAGUUAACCUUCAAGUUAGUGGCCUUCAAAUAUUUUUCUCACCUUGCCUAAAAAAAAUUUUCAAGAUUUUUCACCACUUCCCCUGUUCUUGUUCGUAAGUUCAGCCAAGCCUAUAUGGGGUCAUUGGCCUCCGUAAUAGCCUCCUUAGUAACCGCUAAGUGUGGCUUCUAAAUACAGGCGUGUAGUGUUAACUUGUAAAACUCCCUGAAGAAGUCUACGAUAGGUAGACGGAACGUGCUUCGACGGCAGAGAAUAAAACAUUUUUACAAGUACUGUUAGCAAAGUGCCGCUAACUAGUUUAGUUUUUUUAAAAGAAAUUUUGAAAAAUAAUUUCAGAUUGAUGUUAUCUACAGUAAUCGUUCCGAUCAUAGAAUGUUAAGUAGCGAAACGUCACACCACAAAAAAAGGGCAAUUAUUAACCAUACCUCGAUAUAACGAACAUCUAGGUUGUUUUUCCUCGAUAUAACGAACCAAUUUUCCCAGUCUCUUGGCACCUCGUUAAAUAGAGGAUCCACUGUAGUAGUUUUGAUGAGAACCGAAAACCAAAUGCUCAAACACGGGAAAAACGCAAACCACAACGAACACCAAAACUGGAAAACCCAAUGCCCCUUUGCUUAGGACAAGUACUUGCUGACUCAAUACUUGAACCUUCCAUUGAUUGUUAUUGAUUCUUUGUAGAGUGUUUUCUUUAAUCGUCGUGAGAAUAUUCUCUCUUUUUUCUUGCACAGGCGUUCUGAGCAAUUCACAGAAAGAAGGUUGAGCGAGUAUCUGGAUUCAUAGCAAAAAGCGGACCUAUGUUCCAAGGCUGCACCGAUUGAAGUGGGAAGACUAUUUACUUUACUCAUCUUUCAAGCUCUAUGAGAUCUCUAGGUCUGAGCCCAAGGAAAGAAGACUGAGAGGCGGUGGAAGAGACAUACUCAAGCAACACAGGACUUAUUUUAAUGUUUACAUAGCCUCGUCAGUUAGUGAGCUGCGAGCAGGGCCGAAAUAACACUGAGCACGUGGUUGAGUAUUCGCGCGAUCAUUUUCGAUGGCUGCCUUUUAGCUUUUCUUUCUGUUCGCGCUUGGUUGACCCAGUUGCUGAUUAAUUCGAGGAGGUGUUUACUAUACUGCUUAUCGAGGCAUAUUUAGAUCCCAAAAACAAAGAAACCAGUGAAGCAUGCCUUGAAAACUUCUUUUAAAAUCACCGACUGAAUAAAACGCCCUUUUGCACAAAAAGUGCUUUGUGGAACACACCCAUUACUAAAAUCUCGGCGUAAAUAAACCAUCGAUGCUUCGCCUUCUUCAACAGCACGGUUCUAAUUGGCUUGGCGUUUAAGAGGCUCAAAUUGAUGUAAAAUUGUAAGCUCGAUAUCCACUUUCAAUAGAAUGCGAGCAAUCAUUUUGAAUGGUAUCAGCUCAACUGUGCACAAACAACAGAAUUCUCUAAGGCCCGUUGGCUGUGCAUAAGCAAAUAGAGCGCGAGAAAUAAUUAUGCUUAAAUCUCAGCUGACUGCUUUUGGCGCCAAAAACUAAUUCCCUCAAAACAUUACUGUCAGUGUAUACCAAUGUAUACCAUAUGGGUUACAUAAUAGGUCAUAGCUUAGCGCUUACUGAAACAAAGGAAAGGUAACUGCAUGUGUGCCUUUGAUCACUCAGCUUGAGCAUUUUAAAAUUCAGACAAAUGACUCUUCCAUAGAACCCUGCCAGUCUAAAAUAACUUAUUUGCGAAUGUUUUUUUUUUUUUUCUUAUUUGUUUAUUUAUUUUCCUUUAUUUUUUGUCGCAGUGUUGUAUAGGUACUUGGCAAGAUGUCUUCAUUUAUAUGUAAAUAGAUGUACAUCUAUGUUUGUUUUUCCUCAAGACUAAAUCGUGACGAACUUAACUAAAAUAGCUUUAUUCAAUAGUUAAUAAUAGCUGAUGCAUGUUAGAAGCUUUCCUUUCGUAAAUAAAAACACAGAUUCGAGACUUGAUCGUUUAAAGAAAGGAUGCAUCAACCGCCAUCUUGGCUGGAAGACAGCAAUAUUUAAAAUGAAAUCUGAUCAUUUUAGGAAUAUGACUGCAAAUAAAUAACUCAAUAAAGUCGAGAUUUGAAUCCGCGUCCAUUUUUUUCUUCUUAUCGACCUUUAUUAAGGUGCAAUCGAGUUUAUGUCUAUUCAACUAUCUUCCAAACAAUAACUGCUCGAAGGCGUCCCAGGGAGGUUUAACUACGUGUUACGUUGGCGCAAAACGAAAAAUUGGAAAAGUGCGAAAGAACAGCGUGAGUCGACUGGAUAAUUUCCGCUCUCAAUUUCUAGAAAAUAUCUCAGUUUUAGCGCUUUCAUCCAGCAGGACUACUAAUUUGCCUAGAGGGGAUUAAAGGGAAAAUAAUUAGUAUACGAUAUAAAUACAUUGUACCCUAAGCAAAUUUCUUUUUAAUCGUAUAACGAAUGAAUUUGCCCUAUCUGUAAGUUUACUUUAAAACAGCUCGAAAAACGAAAAUGCUACCCAGGAACUAUUUAGUUAGGACUGUUAAUAUUUUCCAAAAUAGGCAUAGGGAAAGGAAGUUAGAGAACAGCCAAAGAUCCAUUAAAAGUUCACCUGCACUUUAACUGCAUCUGCUUAAUUUUUGCAAUUCGCUAGGGCGGAUUCAACAGACCAUGACAAAGAAAAGCGUUUGUGUUGUGAUAGCAUUAUUAUUACAGAAAAUUAUAUUUAUGCAAAUUCAUUCAAUAGUGAAUAAUAUCUGAGCAGUUAGAAGGCUGUUAUCUGCUUUUAGGUUCUCCCAAACUUGCGUUUUUGUCUACAAACGCGAGAACUGAAUGUAAACUGCCAUUGCAAUGAAGAAGAAUGUAAAAUGGUCGCGUGGUUUUGACCCAGCGAGGUCUGAGACUAGAAGCCAUACCACGUGAUCACUUCCCGGCGCGAAACUUGAAAGCGCGCGCUUUUUAUUUUCAUUAUUCAUCUCGAAGGAUCAAUUGAAUAGCAAUCGUACAGCUUAUCUCGCAGAUUUGAAGCUAUUUGGAACAAAAUAAGCUCUAAACUUCGGAAAGAAGCUUAUUUAAGUAUUUUACAGCCGCUAUUUCUUCCAUUGUAAAGGCUCUGCAGGAAGUUGUGGAGUAGUUAUUGAACAGAAACGCUGUCGAAGAACCCACUCCAUUGUUGAACAAUAUGGCGACGCGAAGAUACUCGAUUGAAGGUCGUGGAAGACCGCCGUUAAGCGCUCAUAGUCAUCAGUUAAACUCGAUCAGUAGAAAAAUUCUGAACAGUGGUACUACUUCCUCGCAUCAAAUGAAAGCAAAAGCCCCGCCAUCGCCCGCAUUCAAAGGAUCGAAGCCGGUUUUAUGUACACCCGAUGUCUAUUCGAAGGAACGAUCAGUCUGCCCAAGUUCAAGGCCUCAGGUACGUAGAUUUCUAAGGUCGUUUUCAAGACUUCUACUAUACUAAUCACAGUUUUAUCUGAGAAAUUCAGUACUGAUUUGAGGUUGUUUAAUAUUAGGUGAAAAGAAAACUCGAUCUGGAUGAAUCUCCUACACAAGUAAGACAGUCAUUCAGAACUCCAAAAGCAAAAGGAUACACUAGAAGACGAGGGCGCAGAGAAAUGCAACCAUACCCAAAGAGUAAGGAUUUUUAUUCGUGUUUACAAAGUAUUUCCUACAGUUUAAUGAAAAAAGAGAAAUCUGCAAAAUUAUCAUUCUGAACAAAGGGAUUUAUACACGUGUGUGUUUCCGGGAUUGUUCGUAAGCGUCUUCCUUGUAGAACUGAGUAUAAUUUAUUUUCGGCAAAUGCGAAUUGUCAAUGGCACAGUCUCCUUGAGUGAGCAAAAUGUUCUUGAUUAGCAUGGUAAAAUUUUUAAAACUUUGAUUUCUAUAUCCCUGAAUAUGUUGUUACGCGCUCGAACAAAGGUUUAACUAUGCAAAUGAAGUCUUCUAAGAAGUUUAUUGUUCGCAGUCAAAAGAUUUUCCACAUCGCUUGCGUUUUAUAGUUUCUGAAUAAUUUGAGUUCAUUUCAAAGAAAAGAAGUCAGGAGCCAUAAUCCGUAAUCAUUAAGGGGCGUUUGCAGUAAAUCGAAGGAAAUGCUUCACCUGUGAGGAUUGGUAAAAGCAAGAACACAUCUUUAUGCAGUGUCAGAAAUAAAUGAAGAUUUGCACUUGGGCAUAACUAUGGAAAUUAAGAUAUAGUUCAACAUAGUCCUUUUAUUUGAAAGAUCGUUCUCAGUGUAGCCUUAAAUAUCAUUGUCUAAGAAAAGGAGAUUUUAAAUUGGUUGGAAUAUCAACGAUGAGACAUCACAGCAAGAUUUAUAACUGCCAAUGAUAAACAAAUAUUUAUCACGUUUUUCUCUUCUUCUGCAGUGUUUGUUAAAUCUCCAAUAGAGAAGACACGCUAUGAUACAUCACUGGGGAUCUUGACCAAAAAGUUUGUGGGUCUUUUGAAAAGCACUGAAGAUGGUGUGGUGGAUUUGAACCAGGCAGCAGAUGUUUUAGAGGUCCAGAAAAGACGAAUCUAUGACAUUACCAAUGUUCUAGAAGGUGUUGGGCUGAUAAAGAAGAAAUCCAAGAAUAAUAUUGAGUGGAGGUAGGAGAGAUUUUCCAAUGAUCAGCAAGAGUUAUUCAGCUCUGAAUUGGUUUUGCCCUUUGUAGCCAUGUGGGAAAUUUACACCUCCAUGUCAACCAAUCAGAUUAAGCAAAAUCAUUACUCAGUCAUUUGCAUUUUUCUUUUCCCAGAGCAUGGCAGCUUGCUUAUUACUGUUGAGUUUCCAAUGCCAGCUAGUUAGAUUUUCUUUUAUUCUGUUUGGGUGAAGGUACAUGUAAUAGAAUCUAUGGCAGAUGAUACAGACCCAAAUGGACUAUUGGGUAACUUAAUAUUUUCAUAAUGUGCAAGAUAAUUUUGGUACUGACCAGGAUUUUUAAAAUUCUUCCAACUUAACCUUUUGACCCCUAAGAGUGAUUAGCAUCUAAUUUCUCCUUAUAAUAUCAUCACUGAAUCACACUUUAAUGUCAUGAGAAUAAAGGAAAUGAUCACCAACUGAAGAAGCUCCUGAUUGUUUAACAAAUUCUCCAUGUCAGCUUCUCAAGAAAUGUAUAGAGAGCAGUAUAGAGAAUGUGGAUAGAGCAUGACUUUUGCUGUUGUUUUAUUCAAUAGUCUUUGAACCUAUUUGUAUUGUUAUCAUAGGGGUACCUGCUAUACUGAUAGUUCUCGGCGGACAAAGGGAGCUGAAUCAAUUUCAGCGCAAACCAUGGAUCUUCACACAGACAUUGCUGACCUUGUUGCUAAAGAAUCUUUCCUUGAUAGAAUGAUAGAGGGAUGCCGCUCAGAAAUAAAAAAUCUUACAGAAGAUCCUGAAGUUGCCAAAUAUCCUUUCCAGCAUGAAUUUAUGAUGAGUUUACAGUUAAAGAAGUACACAGGGCCCCCAACUUUUGUUCCUUUCAUUUCCAUUUCCAUUUAAUACUGCCAUUUGGCACAGGUUGCUAUCUUACUAAAAUAUCACCAGUAAAGAUAGACAUGACAGCUUUCAGACAAAACAAUAGGUCAUUAUCUCAAACAGCUUAAUUAACCACAUAACUCCUUAGAGUGAUAAGCAUGUAAUUUCUCCCAAUAUUACUACCCUUGAAUCAAGCCUUAAGGUCAUGAGAGUAAAGAAAAUAACCAUGAACUCAAGAGGGUCUUAAUUUUUAAACAAAUUCUCCUUGUCGAUGCCAGACAAAAUGUGUAGAGAACAGUAUGGAGAAUUUACAUUGUCAUGUUAGGUUUUAAGGGAUUAGAUAAAUCAGAAUCCGAGCAGAUAUUAUUGUCCUUCAUUUUAACUACAUAUGCGUACGUGACAUAUCGAGAUAUUCGUGAUGUCAAGCAUUUCAAAAACAGGACAGUGAUUGCAAUUAAAGCUCCACCAGAAACGAGGCUAGAAGUACCAGAUCCCAAGGAGGUAACAAAAGGAUUUUUUUCCCUCUACAUUACAUUAUUUUAUAAGUGUGCUGCAGUGCAUGUAAACUGAAUUUUUUACCAAUGUUGUGAACAAGAAAUUUGGUGUUAUGUAAGCCAAAGUGACACAUAGUGUAGCUCAAAUUUUUCAAGGGAUCGAAAUAAGCAUGUUAAACAUACAUACAAAAGACAAAACAGAUACCAGUCUCAACAGGCAGGCAUAUGCGUCUACUCUCGCAUGCCUUUAUGUAAUUAGAAAUUAUAAGCAAGCCAAUUUUAUUCUUUAUUGUGGAAUGGUCGAUGUUUAUUUCAAUGGUAUUGUUUUUGUGAUAAAAACUGAUGGUUAAGCGAAUGUUUGUCUAUCAUCUUGAGUUCCUAUCUUUGCAUAAUGUAAAAAAGUCAAAGACAUUUCCAGGGUCAGGAAGCAGUGAAAAUAAGCAGCUGUGUUAUUCUGAGAUGCUAAUUUUUUAACUCCUAACAGAACUUUUUUUGGGAUUGAAGUUUUGAGAUGAAAAAUUUGCCACAAGGUGCUAAAGGCACCUAGCAUACCUGAAUAAAUGUACAUCCAGUUACACAUAAAUGUAAUUGUAAGCAAAAGAUCUAAUUUCUUCCUUAAAAACCUUGUGAAAAUGAAUGGAAUUCUAUCAUAAUGAAUAUGCAGUAUAUUAUGGUUCAUAUUUUUACACACAAGAAUACAUCAUACCAAUUUCUCUCUAAUGUACCAGGGUACUUUUACUUUAAGGAUUCAAAAUUUUCUCCAUUUUCAAUGAAAUUUCAUUUCAAGUGUAUGUUUGAUGAAGCAAUGAAUACAAAUGACUUUCUCAAGACCCCACUUGCAAUUUGUUUUGAUUUCUUUGCUUUAAAACCUUUCUUCCCAAAUUGGUGUCACCAAGUUUGGGGUGUGGCUUAUCUGCAAAUCAGUCAGUGUUAACUGUACUGUUUUUCCUUAUUUUUCUGACAGAGCAUCCAAAUCUGGCUGAAAAGUAUUCGAGGCCCUAUUGAUGUUUAUCUAUGUCCUGAGGAACAAGUAAAUGCCCAAUCUCCAAUGAAGGACAUUUCUCCCAUCAAACGACAGCCAGCGCCUCAAACAACACCAAGCCAUUUUCUUCUGACACCUGAGAAAACUCCUCAAAACUGUGAUGAUUUGGCAGUACCCUCACAGAGAUCUAACGAGGAUCUUCAAAGAAGCAUUUUGUCCACCAUAAUCAGUCCAAGGAAAAAUAUUCUUUUACAGACAAAUGAUGAAACAACUGGUCUGGAAGAUUUGGACAGCGAUGCCUUGAUUCCUCUAUCACCAAAUCUUACUGAAGAGGAAUAUUUAUUCACAUUGACAGAUACAGAAGGGAUCACUGAUCUGUUUGAUUCUUAUAACUUCUGGAAUGAGGCAUGAUACGUGAACAGGUAGAUUUAAGGUGCACAUGUAGAUGUAAGCUAAGUCAUUUUCAAUGGCCCCAGAAAAUACCUACAUGUUGUUUUGAGUGGUGUUGUAUACCCUGCCUGACAAGGUCUAGGAAUAUCUUAACCCUUUCACUCCCACAAGUGACCAAGACAGAAUUUCUCCUUACAAUAUCAAUACAAUAUCAAGCAGGUAGGUGAUGAGAAUAGAGAAGAAUAUCAGUUAUGGGAUUAUUAGUUGAUCCAAUACUAAAUUCUCUGAAUUAACAUCAUAAGAACUGUAUGGCAGAUAGUAAGGAGAAUUACUAAUUAGAUCUUGAGAGUGAAAGGGUUAAUGGGCAGAGUGGUGUACACAUGUGUACUGGGGUCACAAAUACAAAACAUGUGAACUGGUGUCUCAAAUGAAAAAAAACAACCCGGUUGCCACAGGACAGGAUCAAGCUGAUGUUAGAUUUCCAAGAAAAUCAGUCAUUUUUUCAUUGCACCCUAACAUCAGUAUCCAUAUUCUCUAUAGUCUUCUCUAUACAUUUCUUUUGAUACUGACAAGGAGAAUUUGUUUAACAAUCAAAACUGCCUAUAUAUCAGUUGGUGAUCAUUUCCCUUGUUCUCAUGAUCUUGAUGAAUGAUUCAGCAGUAUUACUGUAGGGAGAAAUUAGAUCCUGGUCACUCUCAGGGGUUAAAAGGUUAAGGAGCUAUCAAUUCACGUUUGAUGGAUUUGACUUGCUGGAAGUAUAAAUGUUUGGGUGGAGAGGAGAGGAUGGCUGUGAGGGGACGCAUUAAGAUGUAAUCAGAACUUGUUUGUGAAAUUCUCAAUUGUUAACUCAGUUUGUCAGGGAAAUUUUUUGAGACUGUCAGGGAAUUUCAAACACCAAUGACUGGGGCAACCAUGAAAAAAAGUUUUGUUCAUAUGAAAGAGAGGGGUUAGACAAUGAGAGUGUAGGGGGGCCUUUUAAAGAAACACCCCCCCCCCCCUUCAUAAAAGAAGUACAUGUUUGGUUAUUUUCUAGAACACAGUAAUGCUGCAUGCUCAUUUAGGAUCAAAGUAAGUAUUAAAGUGACUGCUCACCUACCCCUCCCUUGAUCCAACAACAGUCAACUGAUAGUAAGUAAAGGUUACGGUUGGGUUAGGGGAAGGGUAGGUGUGCAAUUGCUUUGAUACUUGCAUGAAUUCCUUACUUCCCGGGGGUUUGCAUUUGUUAAGGAAAAUAACAUGAGUAACUCUCUUGGUCAAAAGUCCAUAUUACCAUUGAUAGUAUCGGUAUUUAAAUUUUAAUUCCUAGUUGUACUCACUACAAAGCACAAUGAAGGAGUACUUAGGAUUUGUGAAAAACCUGGGGGGGUUUGGUUUCAGUUUUUCUUACUUUUUUUCUAUAUAUUGUAGUUUUACAAGUACUUUUAGGAUAAUUUUAAUGCAAGUUGUUCUAGAAUGGUGGUUCUUACACGGCAGGUAUUGUAUAAAAUUUUUUGUGUGAACUUGAGAAGUGAUUCAUUUUUAUAUUAAGUUAGAAAAUUGUGUUAUUUAUAUUUGAUUGUAACAAUUUUAUGAACAGUAAUGUUCCCUUGAUUAAACACUUCCCUUGAAUGAACUCCACCCUUGAUCUAACACUACAGAUGGAAGCAAAAUUACAUAUGAAGCUGUGCUUGAAUGAACAUUUCACCCAAGCAUAAGAGUGUGAUUUUCAGACUGGGAUUACAUGGAAAAAAGAAACAUGUUGCAACUUUGUAUUCCACACUUGUGGCUCCAAUAGAACAUACAGUUUUGAUUCUAGCUCAGCUUAAUGGUGAGUCAUUGGAACUGCCAUUAUUUUUCUUUUCGAAAACAUUACACCUGAUUUACCAUAAUUUUGUUUGCAAUUUAAGAAAUAUUGAUUUUGAAAUAAACUGUGCCCUUGAAUAAACAGCACACUGGAAUGAUUUUUGCAUUGCUAUAGAUUAUUAUUAGUGGGAUUAUAAUUUCAAUCACAAUGAUAAAUUCUAAGCACAGUGAAUUUUGAUUUUACUAACAGUUUAAGAACUCUGAAAAAUAGGUCUCUCAUUCUGUUGUAUACCCCAUUAACACCAACAAAAAUAUGUUAAGUUAAAUUGGGUUCAACUGAAUUAAAUCAGAAACAGAGAACUGAAAAAUUGAUUUUUCCAUGUGGUUCAAAUGGGCACAAACUUGUAUUUUAAGUUGACAAACAUUUCUUUACACAGCUUCAAAGAAGAAAACAUUUUUAAACCGUUUUUUACCAAAACAGCCUCUAAACAUGUUUAAGUUUUGGUGUCAAUAGGGUAUUAGACAAGGUUGUACCCUACUUAUGUGCGAGUUACAUUCUUCAAAACCCAAAGUAAGUUACCUCUUUCCUAGGUGUGGCUCUUACUGAGAGGCAUAGCUUGAAUACAUCUAUUAUCUCAGAUGUGAUGCUUCUUCAAGGGCAGUGCUUAAUUGAAUAAAUACAGUAGUUGAAGGGUUAUGUUUGUGAAACCUGUCUGAUUCCUUUAGUGAUAAUUUAAUGAUAAUGUAACUGCCUGAAAUGCUCCAAAAUUCCAAAAGGGUAAUGUAAGUUGCAGGAGCAGAUUCUUGACCUAUCUGUCUAUAGCUUAAGGUGUGUUUAGUUACUAAGGGACCAGAUCAAUUUGAGUUCAAGUUUUAAAUGCAAAAAUUAAUAACUAGAAUAAAACAUGGUGUUGUGUACAAAAGAAAAUAAAAAUGACAGUUAAGAGCUGCAACCUGAGGUAGCUAAACUAGACUUUAGUGAAUCAUUUUGUAAAUAGGGCUGUUGACCAAAAGAAUUAGGCUCAAUUGAAUUGUGUGAGACUUGGUCUUCUGGGUAACUGAUUAGAAUAAAUUAAUAUUCAUUAUUUCACUUUGUCAUAUGUGGUUUCAAUCUUUGUCUACUUCCUGUUUUUAGGGCCACCAACAUUUCGUCUUGAUAGUCACAGCCUUCUGGUCAGGUCUCAUGACUUAACUUUAACUCCAAAUAUCUAAUUGUCAAUUCUCC